AUGAUUCCGAUGUUCGUAAAGGGUGCAUUGCUGGCCGCACUGGUUGCGCUGCUCACAGUGAACGCAUUGCCUGCGGAGGAAACGGCAGGUGUUACUGUGACGCCGAAAAUUGAAGUGGCUAACGUCAGCGAUGAUCUGCCACAAACAACUGUAGCUCCCACAGAUGAUAAAAACACGACAACGUCUACCACCACCACAACUACUACGGAAGCAACUACCACCACCACCUCCACCACACCGGCCACCACCUCCUCCACAACCCCAAGUUCUAAUACAACCACCACCUCCACCACUCCGGCCACCACCUCCUCCACGACCCCAAGUUCUAAUACGACUACCACCACAAGCACCACCCCAGCUACGCCUACGACGUCGACGGUGGCUCCCAGCACUACGCCGGCGCCAACACCGGUGCCGCACUGUAACCGAUUCGACCCGUACUCCUUCGUUGGCGGUAUGAUCCUUGCCUACGGCUCGCUGGCCAUUUCGCUGGUACUGUACAAGUUCUACAAAACGCACACCAGUGCCGGUGCCAUCAACAAUUCCAACAACUAUCGUACGCUGUAA